GUGGCGGCGGCGCCGUGCUCCGGGAAGGCGCUCCGGGGAGAAACGGAGCCCGGCCACAGCGCGGUCCCCCCGCUGCCCACACACCCCCUAGGCGCUGGAUGCCCCCUCAUGCCCCCCGUGUAGGCUCCACGGGGUCUCUCGGGUCCCACAGGCGCUGUCCCCACGUCCCGCUGCCCCCAUGGCCGCCCUGGAGCGAGGUGGCUCCGUCCUGGCGCUGGUCACGGAGCCGCGCUUCGCACAGCGGCUGAGGCGGUAUUUGGAAGAGGAGCAGCUGCUGGAUGCGCGGUACCGGCUGCAGGAGGUGGCGGGGGGCAGCGUGGCCCUGCCGGUGCUGGAGGUGGCAGAGCAGCGGCUGCGGGAGCUGCAGGAGAGCGGGGCCCUGGAGCUGCCCUGCAGCCUGCUCCGCAUCCAGAGCCCCAUCCCCUCCAAGGCAGCCAGCGUGCGGACGCCUGCCCAGAAGCUGCGCAGAGAGCUGCGAAGGAUGGUGCUGGGCUUGGGAGAGAGCUGGUCGGAGGAGCUGGAGCACGACGUGCCCCGCUCGUGGCAGCGCCACGGAGACCUGGUCCUGCUGAGCGAGGACAGCUUCAGCGCUGCGCUGUGGAUGAAGCUGGGCCCAGCGCUCUGGGAGACGGUUGCCUCCGCUCUGGGUGCCCAGCGCCUGGCCAGGCGAGGACGGGUGCUGCCAGGAGGGAUGCGGUCCCCGAGUGUCACCCUGCUGCUGGGCCAGGACGGCUGGGUGGAGCACGUGGACAAUGGCAUCAGGUAUACAUUCGACGUGACCAAGUGCAUGUUCUCCCCGGGCAAUAUCACGGAGAAGCUGCGGGUGGCCUCACUGCCGUGCGCUGGGGAGGUCCUGGUGGAUCUCUAUGCAGGGAUCGGCUAUUUCACACUGCCCUACCUGGUUCAUGCAGCGGCUGCCUUCGCCCACGCCUGUGAGUGGAACCACCAUGCCGUGGAGGCCCUGCGGAGGAACCUGGCACUGAACGGCGUGCAGGACCGCUGCCACAUCCACCACGGGGACAACAGGCAGCUGCAGCUGCAGGACGUAGCUGACCGGGUGAACCUGGGGCUGAUCCCCAGUUCUGAGGAGGGCUGGCCGGUGGCCUGCCGUGUCCUGAAGAAGGGCACAGGAGGCAUUCUCCACAUCCACCACAACGUGGAGGCUGUCCCUGCAUCAUCCUGCCUGCAGCCUGCGGUUCCAAGGAAUGAGCAGAGACCUCCAGGGGACAGCAGCUCUGGAGAAUGGGAGGAUGGACAGCGGGAGAUGCAGAGCCCCAAGGAGACUGAAGGCAGUGGGAAGGAGAUGCCAGCAUCCAGGGUCAGGCCAGAGUGGCAGAGGUGGGCUGAGGCUGCUGCAGCACGGAUACAGGGGCUGCUGGAAGAGCUGCACGGGCAGCCGUGGCGGACCAGCAUCCUGCACAUUGAGGCAGUGAAAUCCUACGCACCACACGUGCAUCACAUCGUGCUGGACCUCGAGUGCCGUCCAGUACUGCCUGCCUAGCUGGCUGUGGGGCCUUGGCGUGGCCCAAGGGCAUGUGAAACAGUGGUGGCAGUGUUGGUGGCAGGGAGAUGUGAUGGUUGUCUCCAGAGUGCCAGCUCAGGACAAGCAACACAAGCUCAGGCCAAGCAGUGAGCUGGGUCCCUUGCCAUCCCUGCCCCUCACAAGCUUUGUUAGGCAGGAGCUGCACAGGACAGGAGCUGUGUCACAGCUGAGGGUAGGGCUGAGCUGGGGCUGAGUGCACUCGAAUCCUAUCCUAGCUCUACCUGUUGCUGCAGGAGCAUCACACUGGAAGCUGUAGCUUUUGCUUUGGACACAUGGGGCACUUUCAGCCCCAUUUUCACAAGGAAGAGAGCUGCAGGACCAAAUAAACCUCAGCAUUCAUGCUGGGCUUUGUUUCAGUGCAUCAGGUACAGACUCUAUCUAUCUUUAACAGCAUGCUUUUUUUUUUUUUUUUUACUGAAAACAAGUUUGUUCAUUUCAGUUUCUUCUUACUUUUUUUGUUUGUUUGUUUGUUUUCAGAAAUAAAAAUGCGUCCCACA